CGGCUGAGGCGGUUGAUAGGAGCACCGCGCGUGAGCCGCGACGCCCGCCAUUUUACAUUAUCGGGAAUCAAGCGGAGCUCCGCCGGGGAGUCAUUUACCGCACCAGAACACACAUAUCCACACCGACAGACCCGAACUGACCCGCGGAACAGAGCCAGAUUUCUGGAGACAUGGCCACAGAACACAUUAAUGGGAAUGGUACAGAAGAGCCGAUGGACACGUCUGCUGCAGUUACCCAUUCUGACCACUUCAACACUUUAGUAGAAGCUGGUCUACCACAGAAAGUUGCUGAAAAGCUAGAUGAAAUUUACCUGGCAGGCCUCGUGGAGCACAGUGACCUGGAUGAGAGGGCCAUUGAAGCUCUGAAGGAGUUCGAUGAGGAAGGGGCACUGCAAGUUCUGGUCCAGUUCAAAGAGAGCGACCUGUCCCAUGUGCAGAACAAAAGUGCCUUUCUCUGUGGAGUGAUGAAGACCUACAGACAGAGAGAGAAACAGGGGACCAAAGUCGUAGAUUCCACGAAAGGACCAGAUGAAGCAAAGAUUAAGACGCUGCUGGAGAGGACAGGCUACACUCUUGAUGUCACUACAGGUCAGCGCAAGUACGGCGGUCCUCCUCCGGAGACGGUGUACACCGGAGCUCAGCCCACGGUCGGGACAGAGAUCUUUGUGGGGAAGAUCCCGAGGGACUUGUUUGAAGAUGAGCUGGUGCCCCUGUUUGAGAAGGCCGGGCCGAUCUGGGACCUGCGUCUGAUGAUGGAUCCUCUGAGCGGCCUGAACCGUGGCUACGCCUUCCUCACCUUCUGCACUAAAGAGGCUGCGCAGGAGGCCGUCAAGCUAUGUAACAAUCAUGAGAUUCGCCCGGGCAAACAAAUCGGCGUCUGUAUAUCAGUGGCAAACAACAGACUCUUCGUGGGCUCCAUUCCCAAGAGCAAGACGAAAGAACAGAUCGUUGAAGAGUUUUCUAAAGUCACAGAGGGUCUUACUGACGUCAUCCUCUACCAUCAGCCGGAUGAUAAGAGGAAGAACAGGGGCUUCUGUUUCCUGGAGUACGAGGACCACAAAACGGCAGCACAGGCUCGACGGAGGCUCAUGAGCGGGAAGGUGAAGGUCUGGGGGAAUGUGGUCACCGUCGAGUGGGCCGACCCCAUUGAGGAUCCCGACCCGGAGGUCAUGGCAAAGGUGAAAGUGUUGUUCGUCAGGAACCUGGCAAACAGCGUCACAGAGGAAAUACUUGAAAAAGCGUUCGGCCAGUUUGGCAAACUGGAGCGAGUGAAGAAACUGAAGGACUACGCCUUCAUUCACUUUGACGAGAGAGAUGGAGCGGUCAAGGCGCUGGCAGAGAUGAACGGUAAAGAUUUAGAGGGAGAACACAUUGAGAUCGUGUUCGCCAAGCCACCGGACCAGAAGCGGAAAGAGAGGAAGGCACAGCGUCAAGCAGCGAAGACACACAUGUAUGAUGAUUACUACUACUACGGGCCUCCUCAGAUGCCGCCUCCUGCCAGGGGCCGGGGCAGAGGUGCCAGUCGGGGCGGUUACUCCUACCCUCCUGACUAUUACGGCUACGAAGAUUACUACGACUAUUAUGGUUACGAUUACGAUUACCAUAACUACAGGGGCGGCUAUGAUGACCCGUACUUCGGCUACGAUGACUUCCAGGCGCCCGCUCGAGGCAGAGGGGUGCGCGGCGGGGCUCGAGGCGGGGGCAGAGGGGCCGGCGCUCCACGGGGCCGGCCGGGCUUCCCUCAGCGCGGAGGUCUGGGGGCCAGCAGGGGCCCACGCGGAGGAGCCAGAGGCGGGGUUCUGCCGAGAGGCCGCGGGGUACGUGCUGCUCGGGGUGGACGCGGUGGAAAUGUAGGAGGCAAGCGCAAAGCCGAUGGCUACACCCAGCCAGAUUCCAAACGGCGCCAGACCAUUAAUCAGAACUGGGGCUCGCAACCCAUUGCACAGCAACCCUUGCACGGUGGCGAUCAUUCUGGGGAGCGGGGUGGAGGCUGGUCCUGACAUGUCCCAGUGAAGACUGACCAGCUCCCAUCAGGUGGGGUCACCAGGUGCUGUCGGCGGAGGGGUGUGAGGUGCGGUCCACGCUCCAGCUCGGCUCCUGCCUUACCCAAGCAGAUCUACUCCACGAUCGACAUCAACGCAGUGUCACGAUUACACGAGUGUGUGUGUGUGUGUGUGUGUGUGUGUGGACUCUUCUUUGUGUUUUGUUUUUAUAUUUAAUUUUUUUUUUUUUUACGUUUGAGUGUGUCCCAGAACCCUUGUGUCAUGAGAGAAAAUGCCAUUUACCGUUACUUCUGGACGUGGAAGUAGCCCAAAGGAGUUUUAUCCUUAACGUUACAUGUAUUUUGCACUUUGUGGAUGUGUGAAGUGGCUUGGAGGAGCUUGAUGCUGUUGUAUAUUUGUGUAUUUUUAACUGGAGCUUAUCAUGAGGACGAACAUGUUAAGCUUGUAUUUGAGUCUUGCCUCUUUAUUUUGUUUUUCUUCAGUUGUUACACCCUGGCGUGACUGACCAGGCAUUCCAGGUGAAAAUGGUUCUUUUCUGAACCUUUUUUUAGGGUGUUUUUUUUUUUUUUGGAAAGGGUUGGUUAACUACCUCAUCCUGGAGGCUGAAACUGCCCUAUCUGUACUGUACAUACGGAGACUUAAUGCAAGCAGGGCUUUUUAUAUUCAACUUAUGCACAAGGGCACCAUCAGAGCCAAUGUACCUAGUGUAUUAUAGUCCUUUUGUAAUGAUGCUGGACAGUCAGACUGGGCAUGUGAAUGACACUCAUGUGAUGAGUCUAAAGAAGCCUUGCCUGAGCGAGUCCUGCCUCUGAGGAUGUAGUUACAGCUCGAGAGACAGGAGGAUGAUACUUGUUUGUAAAAGCUUGAACGUGAGGAAGAAGCUACUUUAAAAAGCUUUAGCUGCGUUUCUCAGACCCCCCACCCCAAUUGAAUUGGUUUUAGAGCUUUUUUUGUUUUAAGAACAUGCGGUCCACAUUGAUGGCUGCUUGAUCAAUUUUGAAACCAACACCUUCCCUUUUGUGAACAGCAUGCCAUCUAGGCAAGCACGGUUCACAUUGUUUUUAAAGGUUCUGCAUGCGGCUGCUUCCUCGUUCUCUGGACGGAGGCAGUUCAGCUGGUCUGGCUGACAGGAGCUCAUCCCUGGCGCUGAUCGUGAAUCAGACUGGACUGCUGAGAGCGGUUCUCAUGUCAUUCCUCAGUCAGUCUGUAAUGAGAGCUGUGCUCAGGGAGGGAAGGGUGUUUGAUGUCACUGAACUGGGCGCACCACAGCUGCCUUUAUCACAUUUGAUGUGAUGGAUUAUUAAGAUAUGCAUCGUUUUGGGCAUGUUAUCAGUAACUUUAAUUCUCUCAUGCGCUCAAACAGGGUUUUUAAAGGGAUUCUGUUGAUGUUUCCAUUUCUUUUUUUUUGGCUCUUAAAGUAAAGACUGAAUUUUGAUUAUGACUGACUCCUCUAUUUCUGUAUCACCAUCUGACCAUUUUGAUAAAAAAAAAAAAAAGGCGUUUUAAAGUACUGCUGCAUAACAAGUGUUUUUGCAUUCCUGCAAAUAAAUUUUGUAAAAUGAUAA